AUGCCGCAAUAUCGCAUUGAAAUUUCCCCCAACAACCGUGCCGGGUGCAAGGACGCCGUCUGCAAAAAGGGCGCGAUCAAGAUUACCAAGGGCGAGAUACGAUUUGGCACCUGGGUCGAAAUUGACGGACGCGGCAGCUGGUCAUGGAAGCACUGGGGAUGUGUGUCGGGCGAGCAGAUGCAGCGUCUGCACGACCAGUGCAGUCAAGGCGACGAUGAGUGGGACUUUGAAGAGAUUGAUGGCUACGACGAGCUCGAGGCCAACGCCGAGGUGCAGGACAAGGUCCGUCGCUGCGUGAAGCAGGCGCACAUUGACGCCGAGGAUUUCAAAGGUGAUCCUGAAAAGAACAAGCCCGGCCAAAAGGGCAUCCGGCUCAACGCCAAGGAGAGGGCCGCUCUCGAAAAGGAUGACGAAGAGCCCAAAACCAAGAAGCGCGGUCGCGACGGCAAGGCCAAGGGCAAGAAGGCGAAAGCGGAGGAUGACGAAGAUGAGGACGCGCCACCCGCCAAAAAGGCAAGGGGGAAGAAGGCAAAGGCAGCUGAUGACCAGGAUCAAGAUGAGCCACCUGCCAAAAAGCCCAAGGGCAAGAAGGCCAAGGUAGCCGACGACGACGACGACGAUGAGCCCCCCGCCAAAAAGACCAAGGCUGCUGCGAAAAAGACCAAGACCAAGGAUGAAGACGGCGAAGACGACGCGCCUGUGACCAAGGCCAGUGCCGGUCGCGGCAGAAAGGCCAAGGUGACCAAGGAAGAGGCCGACGACGACGAACCUUCUCCUGCUAAGAAGACCAAGGCCACGCCCAAGGCGAAAAAGGCGAAGCAGGUCGACGAGGAAGACGAGGAGAACGAAGCUCCUCCUACGGCAAAGGCCAAGAUGACCAAAGGUAGAAAGUCUACGCAGGCAGUCAAGGAGGAGGACGAUGAAAACGAGCCCCCCUCUGCCAAAUUGUCCAAGACUACACUCAAGGCCACUCCCAAGGCCACCCCCAAGGUCAAAAAGUCUAAGCCUACAGUCGAAGACGGGGAAGAGGACGAGGAUGUGGCUGAGGCUGAGGCUCCUCCCGCCAAAAAGACCAAGACCUCGAGGGCCAGAAAGUCGGAGCAGGUCAAUGACGAUGACGCGGAAGCGGAGCAGGAGAAGCCCAAGCCCAAGCGCCGCGGCCGUCCGUCCAAGGCAUAA